GCUUAGUGGGAAGACCGUGUAUGAUCAGAGAGAGAAGCCUCGACGACCCCACCGUUCCAGACUCUGAUGUGCUUUGGGCUUUGACGUCACAUGUGCUCCUUUCGGUUGCCAUAGCAACUUAUUUCCCUAGCCCGUUUUUUCCCUCCUCCUUUUCUCUGGUAGGUCCACAAUGGUACAGCCAGCAUCUUGCAGCACAAUGGUUGCAAGACGGUGAACAGCGAGUGAUUCAGCAUUGCAUUCUUGAUUUCUAGCGUAUUCCUCUAUUUUUCCCUCCGUUGUUGCUUUUUUCUAUUAAUCUCCAUCUUAACGUUUACUAAUUUGCGCGUGCAAGGUCGUUCAGUGUCUCUCGUCGUAAUGUUUUGAACACAACAAUCACCGGACUAAGACGUCAGCUGGCACGGAAUGGUAUUUAUGAGCAGACAUUUCUUAUAUUACUGCAGUGAACCUGUCCUGGAUGUGAAAAUAGCUUUUUGUCAGGUGUGUGUUCCUUACAGGUAAAAUCAGGGUUUUGGUAAACAAGUGGAUGUGUCAUACAUCGGCAAGCAUUACAACAUGAGCAAAAGCAAAGUGGACAACCAGUUCUACAGUGUGGAAGUAGGAGAUUCCACCUUCACUGUACUCAAACGCUACCAGAAUCUUAAACCCAUUGGUUCUGGAGCUCAGGGAAUUGUCUGUGCUGGGUACGAUGCGGUGCUCGACAGAAAUGUGGCCAUCAAGAAGCUCAGCAGACCCUUUCAGAACCAGACCCACGCCAAGAGGGCCUAUAGGGAGCUCGUGCUCAUGAAAUGUGUCAAUCACAAAAACAUCAUCAGUUUAUUAAAUGUUUUCACACCACAGAGAUCACUAGAAGACUUUCAGGAUGUGUACCUGGUGAUGGAGCUGAUGGACGCCAACCUAUGCCAGGUGAUCCAGAUGGAAUUGGACCACGAGAGAAUGUCCUACCUGCUCUAUCAGAUGCUGUGUGGCAUCAAACACCUGCAUUCAGCUGGAAUUAUACACAGGGACCUAAAGCCUAGCAAUAUAGUGGUGAAGUCUGAUUGUACUCUGAAGAUCCUAGACUUUGGCCUGGCAAGGACUGCAGGCACCAGCUUCAUGAUGACCCCGUACGUGGUAACGCGGUACUACAGAGCUCCAGAAGUCAUCUUGGGCAUGGGUUACAAAGAGAACGUGGAUAUAUGGUCGGUGGGGUGCAUUAUGGGAGAAAUGGUGCGUCACAAAAUCCUGUUCCCUGGCCGGGAUUAUAUUGACCAAUGGAAUAAGGUGAUUGAACAGCUGGGUACACCUUCACCAGAGUUUAUGAAGAAACUGCAGCCCACUGUCCGUAACUACGUAGAGAACAGGCCCAAAUAUGCAGGCCUCACCUUUCCCAAGCUCUUCCCUGACUGCCUCUUUCCCGCAGACUCGGAGCACAACAAACUCAAAGCCAGCCAGGCAAGAGAUCUAUUGUCUAAGAUGUUGAUUAUUGAUCCAGCUAAGCGGAUACAAGUGGACGAAGCCUUACAGCACCCCUACAUCAAUGUUUGGUAUGACCCAGCUGAGGUUGAGGCGGCCAGAGAUCUCGUCCAAAUAUCAAUGCCUCCUCCUGCUAUUUACGACAAACAGCUAGAUGAAAGAGAACACUCCAUCGAUGAAUGGAAAGAACUAAUUUACAAAGAGGUGAUGAAUUUUGAGGAGAGGACGAAGAACGGGGUGGUGAAGGGACAGCCUUCUCCCUCAGGUGCAGCCGUGAACAGCAGUGGUGAGAGCCUUCCUUCCCCCUCCGUCAACGACAUCUCCUCCAUGUCCACCGACCAGACCCUGGCCUCCGACACAGACAGCAGUCUGGAGACCUCCGCAGGACCCCUGGGAUGUUGCAGGUGACUAGCAGCCUGCCUGCGCAACCCAAUGUUCUUCAGAAGGUGAAACACAAUGUCCAACUAACCCCCCUGAACAUAAAAAGAACAGCAAGAAUUAUUAAAAAGAAGAAAAAAUAUAUAUGAAACCGAUGUUCAAGGUUAUAAAAUCGAAGCCUGCAUUUUAAUUAAAAAGGAAACCACAAAAGUAUAAGGGAAAAAUGAAAUAUAUAUUUAUGAACUUGCUUUGCUUAUAUCUCCCAUCUUAUAUGGCAUCAUGGAAUAAUAUAAAAAACUUAGAAAGUUCUUUCUGUGUAAAUUCACUGAUGGCCGGUAACCCGAUUAGCAAGCAUCUGUAUAGUCAAUGUGGCAAGGUGGGCCCUUUUCAUUCAAUACUGUACAGCACUAUAUAAACCUAUGUUUAUUUCCCCCUUUCCCUUAUGUGAUGGUUUAUGUUUUAAUAUUUUUUAGGUUUGGUCCUGAGGGUUGCCUGUUAUGGUUGACAGGUUGGUGUGUUUCUAUGCGAUUAUUCCUGCAGGGGUUGGUGCUAGUGCUCGACACAGCAUAGCACCCCUUGUUCCCUUAUGUAAAUAUGUAAUUCUGUACAGCUGUAAGCUAGGCAUAGAGAGAAACGGAGUGGGACUGACGGCCAGUACUGGAAGUUCUUCUAUAGCACACCUUGCCACAUGACAUGAGCGCUUUGAGCCCUGACCUUUGACCCCUGGCUAUUCUCCUUAGUUUGAAUCCCUGCCUGUUAGUCCUGCUGCAUGAUUACUAAAGCUAUAUGAUACAUGACAACUAUAGAUACUUUUGUUUAUAACACCAUGUACUGUAAAGUUAUUUAACUUUUUAACCAGACUGUAACCUGAAUCCGGGUUUGGGGGAGCUCUGGUUGACGAUGGAUAUGUUCUGUAUAUAAGUAUACCAACGGUGCGUGAUCUGCUGCAGGAGAAGCCAUGGGAACAUACAGUACCGUCACUGUCAUCGCUGAGCUGGGUUGGGCUUCAAUUCCAUUUCGAUCCAGUCCAUUUUGAAAGUUGACUUUAGUCAACUGAAGUGAAUCGGAAUUGGAAUUCCGGUUGACUUCCUGAGUUGACGGAAUGGAAUGUAAAUUGAACUCUGACCGUAUUGCUGAGCUGGCACGUUAAGUUCUCGUAGCCGUUUUGUGUUUUUGUGAUUUGAAAUCCCUUCUGACUGUAUCCUGGUACCACUCCACGGGCUGUGAGUAGUUCCAGCUGCAGUCUUGCAUGUCAUUCCCAAUAUCGCCUAACCCAAAUCAGGGAGGUGCUCAUUCUGUAUCUGUGUCACUACUGUGGUGAGAAGAGAAAAUGAGGCUGUCCACUUGUGUGUUUGUCCAAAAGCACAUAGCCGUUUGGGGAGGGUAGGGGUGGUUCUUUAGUUUCACAUUAGUUAUCACAUCCAGUUUCAUUUGCAUUGAAUGACUAGAACUUAUUUACUGUAAUGUCACAUUUUGUUGAAACGGAAUCCGAUGAUAUACAGACUACCUAUAAAACCAACAAAGUUAGAUCUGCUUUUUCUUUUAACUGGAUGUUUAUUGUUUAUUUAUUUCAUAGAUUGAACCUGAAUAAAUGGGAAGUGCCUUGUUUGGAAUGAUGCAGUUUCCUCUACUUAGAUGUACAGUAAUAACAUUAAAAUUAAACUGAAGAUCAGCCAAGCCUAUUAAUGAAAUACCAAGCUUAGAUGGAGGCUUAGGUAACAUUUGAAGCAGAAUAAGAAGUUAUUUGCGGUAGGGUUGCCAGAUUCCGGUUACUUUCCCAAAAUACCUAGGUUUUUCAGAAAAUAUCAGCCAGAGAAUUCUCAGUUGGAGGAUACCCUCCCUGCCUGUUACCUCCUGAUGUUUCCUGGGUCAAGAACAUUCCUGUCCAAAUCUGUUUCUGUAUGGUGUCACUGACUGCACCUCGCAUUUGCAAAUACAUGCACAUAGCAACCACUACAACCGAUGCCCAUGUCCUACCUAUAGGAACUAUACUACAAUCAUCACCAUGUUAUUGUUGCAUCUUUGAAUAACGAAAUAAUAUAGAAUGGAAACCUACUUUUGAAACACACUGGAAUCGUUGUUAUUAGAUAGAGACUCAUCAUCAUCAUAAUAAAUGUUCUUCUGACCUAUAUAUUUACCUAGCAACUGAGUGGAAUACCUCCUAAGUUGUAUGGUUUUGUUUUGUAUUUGUAAAUGUCCUAUUUGAUCAGUGUCCUUACAUUUCAAUAAAGGGAUGAAAUAA